GGCCUCAGUUCAUUCUUCUCGACUGUGGCUGGCCGUGUCACUUAAGAAGACGGCGCGAUGCGGCGGCGGCGGCGACGGUGUCCGCUUGCUGACUGCCAGGAGAACACUUCCACCGCGCGCCAGUGCUGCCUGGGAAGACAAUCGGGGCCUCGAUAUACCGCGGCUCUACCGACGACGACGAGGACCAGACAAGCUGCCAACAUCUGUGGUUGCGUCUCGGAUCGCCUCUCCCGAGCUCCUCCUUGGAAUGAAUCACGCGGCUCACCGUCUCGCGUAACGUUUCGCCGGUCACUGUUGACACGAACGCUUGCCCCCCAGAAACAAGGACUCACAUGGCCUUUCUGAUGGAAGGUCGGCCAGGCUCUAGGGAGAUCCGGGGAGAUAUCGAGAAAAAAAAGCUUGGAGCGGAACUCUUCUUCCGCCCAGGAGUCGAUUUCUGCGCGGAUACGCGAUCGUGCCAUCUGCUCGGCCAGGGUCAGUGCUACGGGUCGCAGCCCCGAAUAAGGGCCACGUCGACUGCGCCUCAUCCGAGGGGCCUGCAAGGAGGGAGCCCGGCCGACAAUGACCGACACGGCAGUACACCACAGCUCUUCAGAGGCGAGGCCCAUCAGGCGCGAAAUCGGUGUGGUGAUGGUACAGCCGCGUGUGCAAACUCGUGGCGAUUGUAACGUCAAAACCGCAGCGGCCUACAAUGUUGCGGCCAGCCGUUCGACGACCUCCACCAUUGGCGCCGUGCAACAACUCCUGUCCCUCCCCCCCCCCCCCCCAUCCACACACCCCUUCUCAGCGCGGACAGCACGUCCCGUGCGUCGCACCCGCUCUGACGAAAGCCCCCGAAACACGCGCUUCCCUUUAAAAUUUAAUGCCCGCGCCCGGGAACAACCGUUGCACGCUGCCCCGCGCACGCGACCUAAACGGGGCCACCGCUACAACAGCGGCGAAAAAGAGCAACGGGGCAAACGACGAGAA